AUGGGGGCCGCGGGCCCCGGGGCGGCCCGGGCGCUGCUGCCGCUGCUGCUGCCGCUGCUGCUGCGGGCGGCGGUGCUGCCCGGCCCGGGCCGCGUCCCCGCGCCGCCCGACGAUGUGGACGAGUGUGCCCACGGGCUGGAUGACUGCCAUCCCAAUGCCCUGUGUCAGAACACGCCCACCUCCUACAAGUGCUCCUGCAAGCCUGGCUACCACGGGGAGGGCAGGCAGUGUGCGGACAUUGAUGAGUGUGAAAACGAACUCAAAGGAGGCUGUGUCCAUGACUGUUUGAAUAUUCCGGGCAAUUACCGCUGCACUUGUUUUGAUGGCUUCAUGUUGGCUCAUGACGGUCAUAAUUGUCUUGACGUGGACGAAUGCCUGGACAACAACGGCGGCUGCCAGCACACCUGCCUCAACGCCCUGGGGAGCUACGAGUGCCGCUGCAAGGAGGGCUUCUUCCUGAGCGACAAUCAGCACACGUGCAUCCACCGCUCCGCAGAGGGUCUGAGCUGCAUGAACAAGAACCAUGGCUGCAGUCACAUCUGCAAAGAGGCUCCCAAAGGCAGCGUCGCCUGCGAAUGCCGACCUGGCUUCGAGCUGGCCAAGAACCAGAGGGACUGCGUCUUGACUUGUAACCAUGGAAACGGUGGGUGCCAGCACUCCUGUGAGGACACAGCUGAAGGCCCAGAGUGCAGCUGCCAUCCACAGUACAAGAUGCACACCGAUGGGAGGAGCUGCCUGGAGCGAGAGGACCCUGCCCUGGAGGUGAUGGAGAGCAAUGCCACAUCGGUGGCGGACGGGGAUAAACGGGUGAAACGGCGGCUGCUCAUGGAAACGUGUGCUGUCAACAAUGGAGGCUGCGACCGCACCUGUAAGGAUACCUCGACCGGUGUUCACUGCAGCUGUCCCGCUGGAUUCACGCUCCAGCUGGAUGGGAAGACCUGUAAAGAUAUUGAUGAGUGCCAGACCCGCAAUGGAGGUUGCGAUCAUUUCUGCAAAAACACCGUGGGCAGUUUUGACUGCAGCUGCAAAAAGGGAUUUAAAUUAUUAACAGAUGAGAAGUCUUGCCAAGAUGUGGAUGAAUGCUCCUUGGAUAGGACCUGUGAUCACAGCUGCAUCAACCACCCUGGCACAUUCACGUGCGCCUGCAACAAAGGGUACACCCUCUAUGGCUUUACCCACUGCGGAGACACCAACGAGUGCAGCAUCCACAACGGAGGCUGUCAGCAGGUCUGCGUGAACACGGUGGGCAGCUAUGAAUGCCAGUGCCACUCUGCAUACAAGCUCCACUGGAACAAAAAAGACUGUGUGGAAGUGAAGGGGGUCCUGCCCGCUAGUGUGUCACCCCAGGUGUCCCUGCACUGCGGUAAGAGUGGCCGAGGAGACAGGUGCUUCCUCAGAUGUCACUCUGGCAUUCGCCUCUCUUCAGGACUGCAAGAGGCCUACUCUGUCACCUGCGGCACUUCCCCUCCUCUCAGGAACAAACAGCAAAAAUCAAAUGACUCUGCUUUCGGGGAUGUCGCCACCAUCAGGACAAGUGUAACCUUUAAGCUAAAUGAAGGCAAGUGUAGUUUGAAAAAGGCUGAGCUGUUUCCUGAGGGUCUGCGACCAGCACAACCAGAGAAGCACAGCUCAGUAAAAGAGAGCUUCCGCUACGCACACCUCACAUGCGGCUCCCGCAAGCAAGUGCCCGGCGCCCCGGGCCGACCGAGCGCCGCUCAGGAAGCGUUUGUCACUGUUGAGUUUGGGCUUGAAACUAACCAAAAGGAGGUGACAGCUGCUUGUGAUCUGAGCUGCGUGGUGAAGCGCACAGAGAAGAGGCUCCGGAAGGCGGUCCGCACACUCCGGAAGGCUGCCCACAGGGAGCAGUUCCACCUCCAGCUCCCCGGCACGGACCUCGAAGUGGCUAGGAAGUCCCCCCGAGCGUCUGAACGCCGGGCAGAGGCCUGCGGAGCGGGCCAGAGCCACAUCGGAAGCCAAUGUGUCAGUUGCAGGGCUGGGACUUACUACGAUGGAUCACAAGAACGCUGCAUUUUAUGUCCGAAUGGAACCUUCCAAAAUGAGGAAGGACAGAUCACAUGUGAGCCAUGCCCAAGACCAGACAAUCCUAGGACCCUGAAGGCCCUAGAUGCUUGGAAUGUGUCUGAGUGUGGAGGUCUGUGCCAACCUGGCGAAUAUUCUGCGGACGGCUUCGCACCCUGCCAGCUCUGUGCCCUUGGCACGUUCCAGCCUGAAGCCGGCCGUACUUCCUGCUUCUCUUGUGGGGGAGGGCUCCCCACCAAACACUUGGGAGCCACUUCCUUCCAGGACUGUGAAACCAGAGUGCAGUGCUCACCUGGACAUUUCUACAACACCACCACUCACCGAUGCAUCCGUUGCCCGGCGGGGACCUAUCAGCCCGAAUUUGGAAAAAAUCAUUGUGUCUCUUGUCCGGGAAAUACUACGACUGACUUUGAUGGUUCCACAAACAUAACCCAGUGUAAAAACAGAAGAUGUGGAGGGGAGCUGGGGGAUUUCACCGGGUACAUUGAGUCCCCGAACUACCCGGGCAAUUACCCAGCCAACACCGAGUGUACGUGGACCAUCAACCCACCCCCCAAGCGCCGCAUCCUGAUCGUGGUCCCCGAGAUCUUCCUGCCCAUAGAGGACGACUGCGGGGACUACCUGGUGAUGCGGAAAACCUCUUCGUCCAAUUCCGUGACGACCUACGAGACAUGCCAGACCUACGAGCGCCCCAUCGCCUUCACCUCCAGGUCGAAGAAGCUGUGGAUUCAGUUCAAGUCCAACGAGGGAAACAGCGCCAGAGGGUUCCAGGUCCCGUACGUGACCUAUGACGAGGAUUACCAAGAACUCAUUGAAGACAUAGUUCGAGACGGCAGGCUCUAUGCAUCUGAGAAUCAUCAGGAAAUACUUAAGGAUAAGAAACUGAUCAAGGCGCUGUUUGAUGUCCUGGCCCACCCCCAGAACUAUUUCAAGCACACAGUCCAGGAGUCCCGGGAGAUGUUUCCAAAGUCCUUCAUCCGAUUGCUGCGCUCCAAAGUGUCCAGGUUUCUGAGGCCUUACAAAUGA